AAUUGCUUAAUCCCAUCAUAAAUCUUUGCAACCUUCUUGUAUAUUUUUCAUCACAUUACUUAGAGCCACAUAUUCUAGAUAAACACAAUAAAGAAUGACCAUGGAUCUCGAAAACGGAAUUAUUCGAUACGACGAGGAAUAUAUCUUGAGUUCCCGAGGUCUAAAGCUAUUUACAUGCAAAUGGGUUCCGGUGAAGGAAGAACCCAAAGGUUUAAUCUUCAUCUGCCAUGGUUAUGCCAUGGAAUGCAGCAUCACCAUGAACUCAACUGCAAUUCGGUUGGUGAAAGCUGGAUUUGCAGUUUAUGGAAUAGAUUAUGAAGGCCAUGGGAAGUCAUCUGGUCUGCAAGGCUAUAUCUCAAGCUUUGACAAUGUUGUUGAUGAUUGCUCCAAUUUUUUCACUCAAAUAUGUGAGAAGAAAGAGAACAAAAGGAAGAUGAGGAUAUUGUUAGGGGAAUCAAUGGGGGGAGCAGUGUUGUUGAUGAUACAUAGGAAAAUGCCUGAAUAUUGGGAUGGGGCAGUCCUUGUUGCCCCCAUGUGUAAGAUUGCAGAUGAAAUGAAACCACAUCCUCUAGUCAUAAGUGCUUUGGAAAAGCUCUGCAAUUUUAUACCGACUUGGAGAAUAAUUCCAAGCCAAGAUGUCAUUGACGCUGCUUUCAAAAGGCCUGAGAUAAGGGCUCAGAUUAGAGCAAAUCCAUAUUGCUACAAAGGUCGUCCUCGUUUGAACACAGGCAAUGAACUUUUAAAGAUGAGCAUUGAGGUGGAACAUAGACUUAAUGAGGUGUCAUUACCGUUUAUAAUUCUUCACGGAGAAGAUGAUAAAGUAACGGAUAAAACAGUAAGCCAACAACUGUACGACGUCGCAUCAAGUUCAAACAAGACAUUGAAGCUCUAUCCUGGGAUGUGGCAUGGACUGUUAUACGGUGAAACACCAAAAAACAUCGAAAUCGUGUUUUCAGACAUCACCGAAUGGUUAAACCAGAGAGUUGGACCUGGAAGUUCGAGGCUUGAGAGGGAAUUGAAGCAUCAAACGACGAGGUUUUUAUUUCAAAAGACAUUAAAUAAAUAUGUUUUCUGAGCACUGCCAAAAGCUCUUUCCUUUUGUUGGCUCAAAAUUCCAUAUGAAUGGCCCGUCGUUCAGGUUUAAAUAGUGACUUUGCAAUGUGAUUUUAAUGUUUAUA